ACCAUGGCGCGGUGAGGGAGCGGGGGUGGGGAUCGGUCCCGGGGAGGCUUUGGGGCCGCUGGCUUGUGCGCCGUCUCGGCUGCCCCCCCUUUUGCCGCCGCCGCCGCCGCCGCCGCCGCCCCGGGCAUGUCGUCCAACUGCACCAGCACCACGGCGGUGGCGGUGGCGCCGCUCAGCGCCAGCAAGACCAAGACCAAGAAGAAGCAUUUCGUGUGCCAGAAAGUGAAGCUAUUCCGGGCCAGCGAGCCGAUCCUCAGCGUCCUGAUGUGGGGGGUGAACCACACGAUCAAUGAGCUGAGCAAUGUCCCUGUCCCCGUCAUGCUAAUGCCGGAUGACUUCAAAGCAUACAGCAAGAUCAAGGUGGACAACCAUCUCUUCAAUAAGGAGAACCUUCCCAGCCGUUUUAAGUUUAAGGAGUACUGCCCCAUGGUGUUCCGGAAUCUCCGGGAGAGGUUUGGGAUCGAUGAUCAGGAUUACCAGAACUCAGUGACGCGCAGCGCCCCUAUCAACAGUGACAGCCAGGGCCGAUGUGGCACACGUUUCCUCACCACCUAUGACCGGCGCUUCGUCAUCAAGACCGUGUCAAGUGAGGAUGUGGCUGAGAUGCACAACAUCUUAAAGAAAUACCACCAGUUCAUCGUGGAGUGUCACGGCAACACCCUGCUGCCGCAGUUCCUGGGCAUGUACCGCCUGACCGUGGACGGCGUGGAGACCUACAUGGUGGUCACCAGGAAUGUGUUCAGCCAUCGGCUCACUGUGCACCGCAAGUAUGACCUCAAGGGCUCCACCGUUGCCAGAGAAGCGAGCGACAAGGAGAAGGCCAAGGACUUGCCAACGUUCAAAGACAAUGACUUUCUCAACGAGGGGCAGAAGCUACAUGUGGGAGAGGAGAGUAAAAAGAACUUCCUGGAAAAACUGAAACGGGACGUGGAGUUCCUGGCCCAGCUCAAGAUCAUGGACUACAGCCUGCUGGUGGGCAUCCACGACGUGGACCGGGCGGAGCAGGAAGAGAUGGAGGUGGAGGAGCGGGCGGAGGACGAGGAGUGCGAGAACGACGGGCUGGGCGGCAACCUGCUGUCCUCCUACGGCACGCCCCCCGACAGCCCGGGAAACCUCCUCAGCUUCCCCCGCUUCUUUGGUCCCGGGGAGUUCGACCCUUCCGUUGACGUCUAUGCCAUGAAAAGCCAUGAAAGUGCCCCCAAAAAGGAGGUCUAUUUCAUGGCCAUCAUUGAUAUCCUCACGCCAUACGAUGCUAAGAAGAAAGCCGCGCAUGCUGCCAAAACAGUGAAGCACGGGGCGGGGGCCGAGAUCUCGACUGUGAACCCUGAGCAGUACUCCAAACGCUUCAACGAGUUCAUGUCCAACAUCCUGACGUAGUUACCUUCUACCUUCAGCCAGAGCCAGAGAGCCGGAUGUGGGGUCGGGUCGGAAAAGGGAGAGGGUGUGUUUGGGCUAUAGAUGGGAGGGUGGGGAGCGUGGGGAGCAGUGUAGGGGGAGGGGAGGGCUUCAGCGAUGAGACUGCCACCCGUGACAUUGAAAGACUCUAGCUGGGGAGGGGAUGUGCUGCGCAAGCACGAACCCACAGGGUGCGGCCUUGAUCUUUCCCCCAUUUGACCCAGGUUGAAAAGGGGUUUCCUUUUUUUCCCUUGUAACCUUUUACAUACCUUGGGGCUAGAGAUGACUUUGUGGGUUUAUGUGGGUUUUGUUUCUGAAAUCUCACCGCUCCAGGUUUGCUAUUUAUAAUGAUGUGUGUCAUCACCCCAUCACCCUCCCCAUCCCUGCCCUGCUCUCGGUUCCCUUCAGUGAAAGAGGCACCCCAUGAAGCCGGCCAAGGGGCCUCUCAGGGCCGAGUGCUCUGAUGGCAGAGGAGAGGAGGUCAGACACUUCAGUCCUGCUGCAUUUGAUCUUGUCUGGAUUAACUGUUUAAUUUUAUGGAGCAUUGUGCACAGACUUCCUCCACCUUUUCACCUUGGAGCCAAGUGGACUGUUACCUGAUUCCUCCGUCUAAAUGGUGUCCUCCCAAAAGGAACGCUCCAGAUCAACAGCAGGCAUCUUGGAUCAGAGUCAGAGAUCUCACAGGGGCGUGAGUCCAUCCUCAUGGGAGAGUGAGGGGUGGGGGUAGCGGCUGGGCUCUCACAGAACCCCUCGGUCAUCACCCACGCCCUGGGCUCGCUCGGCUGCUGGAGUGCUGAUGUCCUCUCUCUAAAGCCUGCCUCCCGCUGGGCCACGAGGAACUGGAAAGCAUCUUUAGGUACAGCAGGACCUUCAUGCUUCGUUGGUUAUUUCCCCUUGGGAAACCCCCCAGAAGCUGAUGAAUAUCCAGUGAGGCCUUUUGUCCUCCAUCCAGUGACUUCCUCCUGACCUCCUCCCACGCACCCUCCCUUGUCGUUAAGGUUUUAGCUGGGGGAGACAUCCACGUGCCUGGGGGGCUCCUUGCCGAGAUGCCUCUUCGGCCCCAGGGCCACCAUGUAGAUAAUCAGAUUUCCUGUGCCUGGGGUCUGACUUCUGGACAGUUUUGGCCAGCAGAGAGCGCUGCCCCCCCACCGUGGAGUGUGGCACCAAGCCUGAGCCUGCUGCAGAGUCACUUGAAGAUGUGACCCAGGAAGCCCAAUGUGGAGGCUGGAUAAGGGAUUCGACCUGGCCCAGCUUCGGGCUGUUUUCCUUGAUGCCCCCGUCUUAACUUGUAGCCCAUCUGCCACUCGGGGUGCCUCAGGAGUGGCAUCCUGCAGCUUCCUUCAGGAAAGCUACCCAGGCCUCGGAACUGAGCCGCUUGUCACUCUGUGACGCCAUCAGAGCAGCUGGUCUGGCGAGGAGACAAACGGCCGUGUGCCAGGGGAGGUAUAUUCCUGCCUCUUCUCACCUCCUCGCCAGGAACUGGGGAAACUUUUGUAGAUCACCCCACAGAUGCGAAGAAAGUUUGUGGAAACAGUUUGAGUGAAUGGAUUGGUUUCCUGUGGCUCCUCCAAACCUGGCCAAAGUCAGCUUCUGGAGCAGGAACCAGCACCGUCUCCGGGCCCUCCCUGCAGCGUUUUGGGAAUGGAGGCAGCAUUCUCAGACUCCAGGGAGGCUGCUGGAACUGUUCUGGAAGAGGUGAAUAGGUCAACCAACCGCCCUAGCCCCGGGAUGGGGCCACAGGUAGCUCUGACUCUCAGCGGCAAGACCAAGAAGUGACUUGGGGAAGAACUUGGAACCAGGUGGCUCAUGGAGAAAACAAAUCUGACUUAGGAAGGGAUUACGUAGGAAUGAUGUUUGGACUUGAUUUCCCCACCUCCUGAUCAAGAAUGGAAAUUUGGAUCUGUCCCUUGAGAGGCCCGGCGUCUGCAGAGCCUGCGGGCUGUCUGUCCUGCAGCAGCGCCACAGCCUCGGCUCCCCACCGGCUUCCUGCGCUUGGUCUGCCGAUUCUGUUGCCAUCAUGUGUAUGAAAAGUGUAAUAACCGUCAGUAAAGGUGAGCUUCCAGGUAUCUAACUUCUUUAACAUUUUUUGUGUUUUUGUGAGGUUUUGUUUUUUUGUGUUUUUUUGUUUUUGGUAUAUUGUUUACAUUUUGAGAGUAGCAUUCUGUUUCAAAUGCUUUUUUUUUUUUCUGACAGUAUUGUUGUUUGGGUCAAAACAUUUGAGCUGCGGUUGGGUGGAUUUGAGAUUUUUUUAAAAGGUCUUUCUCUGUGCUAUCUUCAAAACCUUGGGUUUGGCCCUCUAAUUACUUUGGCAUUCAGAUGUUUAAAAGCUAUUUAUCUUGGUUUAGACCAGUUUUCUUUCUCUUCUUUGGGUAAUGAUGCAGAUGUAUUUGGUUUGUGGUCUGAAUGUGGAGAAAGUGAACGGAUCACCAAGCUUUUGUCCGCCGCCACUCGUCUCCCUGAGCCCCACCCUGUCCCCACCCCCCCAUCCCUGCAGAAGGCAUCCAAGGGCAAGGGACUACCCUCGGCCUUCCUCUUCAGAGCCCUGAAGAAAAGCUCAGCUGUCUCACAGCACCCUAGAAUAAUUUGGGGUCUCCUAAGAACAAGGUGUAAGAAUAGGACAUGACUGACUGGAUGGGGGCCAGGGCAGGAUUCCUCUCCAUUUCUUACCCCCACCCUGACCACCUAGCCAGUCACAGCUUCGCCCAUCCUGAGAAACCCAGGCUGGUUCUCUGAAAACUCCACUUGGACCCCUAGAUGAAGGCCUCUGGCCCUUGUUCCUAUAAUGAACCACUGAGUCUUUGCACCCCCCCUGCACCCCCCCCCAGUGCAAGCUCCUUGCCUGUGCCCUGUGGUUUGGGGGUGCGGGGCAGGCUGGGAAGCCAGCAGUUCUGGAGCAGACCGAAGCAGUGCUCCAUCUCUCCUUAUCUAGCUCAGGGGUUACUGGUCUGUGGCGGGUGCCACGAGUCGCCCCUGUGGCUGUUCUCAGUGGCACCCUGUAAGUUCCCACCACAGGCAGCUCUGCCCUCCCCGACUCCUCCGUGUCUCUCUUGCCUGUGUUCUAGGCCUCAAACAGGUCCCCUGGUAGCGCUCAGGGUUUGGGGGACUAGACUCCUGCCCUAGUGACUUUCCCUCUUCAGUCUGCCAGGGUCUGCCCUAGGGAGGUGGACCAAAGACCCAGGACUUUUCUCAGUAGCCAAUCCCACCCCCCACCCCCACCAUUGUCUUUUUACCAAUUCAAGGUGGGAGAGAAAAACCCGUCAGCGCUCCCUAGCAGCUGAGCUACUGGUGUGUUAGGGGCCAGAAGGGACAGUGUGUUUAAACAGGCCUUACAGCUCUGGCCUAAUAGUUCUGGCUCCCCGCAAGUCUAGGCACCUCACUUCUUCCGGGCGGAAAUGGGGAAGGGGGUCCAGCCUGAGCACAGAAAUCAAAGGGAAAACACAUUCGAACAGCUGCCCCCAAACCUACCUGCCACCUGCAGGGGCAGUGACUGCCCGGCCUUCCUCUGAGAUGUGCCCCAUGCGAAGAGUGCCUCCCGAGGGGAGAGGACACGCAGCUGUCCCCAGCGAGUUGUGCUGAGGGCCUUCAGAGGCUGGGGAGGACACUUCAGAGGAGCCCCUCCCCCUCGCUCCGAGCUAUUUUGUGAGUUUUGAACCAACAAACAGCCUUUAGGGGGAGGCCGGUGCUGUGCAGUAUCCCUAAACAUCAGGUCCAAUCAUUGUGAUCAAACAAUGUGAAUGAAGCUGAGAUUCAGCUUUUGGGGGAGCAGGAUAAACUACCACCCCGUCAUAUGUGUGUCACUUCUCGAUUCUCACUGCAAUCUCCAUUUUUUAAAUAGGAAUUUUCAACCCCUUGUGCUUGUCUAAUGUCUGCUCGGAACAGUUCGAGACCCUGUUACUGUUUAAAAAUGCAUGCAUGUGAAGAUGAAUCUCCAACCCAAGGGACAAAUAAAACAAAAAAGCUUUGUGUA